AUGAGCGUAUCAUCAUUUAUAAGUUCAACUAAGGGCAAGGUCAUUCUUGCUACGGUUGCUGCUCUUCACAUGACAAUAUACUUUGCUAAACCUUCGUUUUUCAAGAGCGAAAGUUCGACAAAAAGCCAAGUUACUCCGCCGAGAUACUUACCUGAGAAGUGAAUCGACCUUGAAUUUGCCGCGAACAAGGAAGCACGUAAACCGGCUGUGAAAUAACCUAUUGAUUGAUGAUUUAUAAAAGUGUAGCGUCGAUAGCUCCGUUCUUAGUCCGUAGUAUUGGUAGCGCGAGGAAGAUGAGCUCCGGAAGAUUCAAGGUGUUUGUGACCCGCUCUGAUAUGCCUAGAGGUGGCAUUGAUAUACUGAAGAAAGAAUGUGAUGUAACAGUAUCAAGUCACCCCUCAGUAAUGCCUAGGGACGAACUCCUCAAAUCUGUAGCUGGCACUGAAGCAAUCUUCUGUUCUCUAACAGAUAAGAUAGAUCAGGAGCUGCUGAACGCGGCCGGUCCAGGACUGAAAGUAGUGGGAACUAUAUCUGUAGGCCAUGAUCAUAUUGAUGUGCCCGAGUGCAGGAAGAGAGGCAUCAAGAUUGGAUACACUCCUGAUGUACUUACUGAUGCUACAGCGGAGUUGACUCUAGCUCUACUUCUGUCGACUUCUCGCCGUCUACCAGAGGCUCAGCAUGAAGCCCGCACAGGCGGCUGGAAGUCUUGGGCGCCAACAUGGAUGACGGGCCCUGGGCUUGCUGGUUCCACAGUCGGUAUCGUCGGCUUCGGCCGCAUUGGCCAGGCCGUCGCACGCCGCGUCAAAGCAUUCAACACUAACAAAAUACUCUACUUUAAUAGAAGUGAGAGACCAGAAGCGCAAGAAACGGGUGCCAUUAAAGUCAGUUUUGAUGAGCUACUCACACAGAGCGACUUCAUCAUAUGCUGUGCUGCUUUAGUUCCUGAAACCAAGGAGAUUUUUAACAAGGCAGCUUUUGAAAAGAUGAAGAAGACGGCUAUUUUUAUUAAUACCAGUCGCGGCGGUACUGUUGAUCAGGAUGCGUUGAUUGAAGCUUUGAAGAACAAUACUAUAAGAGCAGCAGGUUUAGAUGUGACUACUCCUGAACCUUUGCCUUUGGAUAAUCCACUUUUAAGCCUGCCUAAUUGCGUGGUGUUGCCACAUAUAGGCAGUGCAGCUAUAGAGACCAGAGACACAAUGAGUGAACUCACAGCAGAGAAUAUAUUGGCGGGACUUAAAGGCAGCGGAAUGCCUGCAGAGUUAAAGUGAUUAUAGCAAAUGUUAGUUAGAUAGAUUAAUGUAUUUAUGUAUUGACUUUUUUAGUUAUGUAUAUUUAAUAAUUUAAUAUAUUCUAUUUUAUUGUUAA